GCGUGUUCUGCUCUGUCUUCCCGCUGCAGCCGCCCGAAGGAAAAAAAAAGGGGAACCCAGCCAUGCUUGAGAAAACCGGUGAGAAAGAUUGGAUUUCUCCUUCCUUUCUUGUUCUAGAACUGAAAAUGGAACCCAGAAACCUUCUCCCACUGCUGGAAAAUCCGGAUCUGCUCUGCUCUUCCUUUUCACCGCCCGCUGCUCCUGCUUUGUGGGGGUGAAUUGCUCGGUUUUUUGAUUGCGUGAUUCUUCCCUGCACUUGCCGCCGGCUUCUCUCCCAAACUGCAGCUCGGUUUUGCUUGCUAAAUUAUGGUAUUGGUUUGGCCAAUUUUUGGAAGUUGGAGUUACUGUUCACGUCGUGGUACUGUUCACGGGUACUGUUCAUAGAUUACUGUUCACACCCGAGAGUAAACGAUUAACGGGGAUUUAAAUGAUUAGUUUGUGAUAUAAGAACGAUUUUGGAUAUAUUUGAUCAUGUGGAGAUUUAUGGAAAUAGCAUUGUGAUUAGGAAUGAUCCUAAUGAUGAUUUCAGCUUGAAUUUGUGAUAGUAUGGUAUUGAUUCUCGGAAUAUUUUGAUUAGGUUCUUGAUCCUUGGGGUACUUUAGUACGUGAAUUGAGUGCUCGGUUUUAUGCGAGUGAGGUAAGUAAAUUUAUGGUAAUGCCCGUACUAUUUUAAAAACAUGUUUUGAUUUGUUUUUGAAGUGGUGGCGGGACUAAAUCCGUUUUACACAAGUAUGACUAAUUUGAAGUGAAAUGUUUUAUGCUUUUCAUUAAAUUGAGCAUGCCUACUUGAAAUUUAAGUGAUUGUCCUGAUGAUCUGAAAGUGAUUGGUAAAGUAUGAUUUUUCUGUUAACUUCUGCCUGUUUUGUCUCCGAUGUGGUCAUGCUAUUAGUGACCUUGCUAGUGGGGGAGUUUAUAAACGCUAGCACAUGUCGGCACAUGUCGAUAUGUUUCUCACAUGUCGGCACAUGUCGAUAUGUUAUUCGUGACCCUGCUUGUGGGGGUUAUACACCAGCAAACAGUGACCCUACUUGUGGGGAUUAUACACCAGCAAACGGUGUGCCUGCCAGUGGGUGUUAGACGCUGGCCGUGACCUAUAGAGGAGACGUCUAUUUCGUUCCCGUACUGUAUCUGUUUUGCGUGAUUGCACAUGUUGGCAUGCUAUAAGUUUAAUUAAAGGCAAUCCAUAUUUACUUACUGAGUUUAUCUCAUAGUUUUCCUUGUCCACCAUUUCAGGAAGUGAAACCGAGGACAGGGAAACCACGGGAAGUGACGAGUUAGAAAGCUAGCCAUUUCGAGAUUGAUAUAAAUUUUAGAAAUAAAUCAUGAUCUUGUAUUUGGAGAUUUUAUGAUAUCAGAGAGAAUUUUAUAAUUUGAUCUUCAGAUUUUGGUGGUAUCAGAGUGUGAUAUGCUAAUCUGUUGUAAUUCGAUAACCCUAUUAGACUGUCCUAUAAUGGGUGGCCUGAAUGGUUCUUGUCUAGAUGUGCUCGCACCUA